AGCCACCCGACUGCCAACGUUCACACGGCAUUAAAAGUGUUUAUUUGAAUGUGUAAAGCAAAUGCUGCAAAUUGACUAACAAAGACUGCCAAACUAAAUUAUAAAAAUAAAAUAUUUUUGUUUUUGUGAAAAAAUAAACUUUCAAUUAAUUCAAGCGAAAUCGUACAAGCGCGCGUGCAACCCACGGCACAGCGCUUCUGCGCAAUAAUCGGCGAAGGUGCAUUGUAAAUCGAGCAAGAAAGCAAAUAUACGCAAGCGAAAAGUGGCAAAGCAACAUUGUGUCAUAAAAUAGAAAAGCAAACGAUAAAAUUCAAUUCAACGCAUAUGAAACGGAAGCAGGCGCAGCGGGUGUAAACAGAUUUUAGCAACGAGUUCACGGCUGGCGUUUGUGCCAAAUACGCAAUCAUGUCUUCCUACCGCAGUAGUUAUACGCCAUGGAAAACUAGUUUGGGGUCGUCCUAUAAGCCGAGUGGAUCCAGUGCGUACUCCUCCCGCGAUGAUAUUGGCAGUUCACGCUACACAUCUCUAUCUUCACCCAGCACAUAUCGACCAUCUUUCGCUGGCGGUACAUAUCGCAUAAAACGGGAUCCACCUUCAAGCCUACAAACACCCUCGUACACAAGUCGCUACACACCAAGUGUAACGAGUCGCAACACACCGGUAGUGGAUUCUACUGCCGACCUCAAUGGCACAAAAUCUAGUCAACUUAAGCGUUAUACAACAUCAACCACUAGUAAUCUCAAUAAAUAUGGCUCAUCACGCGAACCAAGCCCAGCAGCACUGGAAAUUACAAAUCGCAUGCGCAGUCGAGAGCCAAGCCCAGUUUCGCGUGCACUACGUGGCAAGUCAAGAGAUCCGAGUCCCGUAGUCGACACUAGUUGUAAGAUUGGUUAUGGUGGUCUGAAUUCGUACCGCAUGUCCACUCCAAAAUCCACCAGCAGUAGUAGUUACAAUUCGAGGUAUGGUAGCGGUGCUACUGUAGGACGCGCAUCCAGUGUGGCGCCUACAAUACCACCGGAUAAAUCUAUUUCAUAUCUAACUGCCAGUGACUUUCAUGCGCGUUCGGUAAGUCGUGCGCGGGAAACCGCAGCGAGGAAGUCCAACGAGAAGGAGAUCGAAGACGAGGAGUCCGUGCAGCCAGCAACGGUGGUGGAAAAGAGUGAAAGUGAAAGUAGCAGCGCAGAAGAGGAGGAAGAGGAAACGUUUGUCGCUGUUUCGGUGGUCACCAGAGCCACAUCGCCGACGCCACCCGGCAGCGCAACAACAGUACAAAGAACGCGACGCAUGGAUAUUGCAAAAACCAUUGAAAAGACUAUACAACGAUCGACACGCAAGCGUAAAACUUUAGAGAAGGAAAUACAAUCUGACCGACUCGAUGAUUCGACACGAUAUUCACGUUUCGGUUUGAGUAGUCGAGUGCCAUCUUACAGUCCGCACACGGAAAGUCGAUAUUCGUCGACAAAUUUACGUUAUAGUAACAGUCCGCUGUCGUCCGUCUCAAAGUCUUCCGCGUCGAAUGCUUCCAGUACCAAUAGCGCAGAACCCAAGAAGGACACUACAACAAAAAGUACACGCUCAAACGCCAGUAGCAAAUCCAAAUUAUCGCCACCUAAAGUUGUGCGUAUCAGCUCCAGACAAUCAUCCGUCGAAAAUCUCACUGCCACCACAAAUGCUAAUAAGCCACCUGCACCGCCGAAGGCUGAAUCGCCAACUAAAAGUAGCUCCAGCAGUACGCAUGUGCCCACAAAGCUACCAAAUAAAGACUUUCGAAAAUCAGCUUUGAAUGUUGGACCCACCGACCGUCCACGUAAGUCACGUACGCCCAGUAGCGGCACAGACUCAGAUCCAGUACAACAAGCACACAAUGAUUUGGCGAAUGGUUUGGCACAGCGUAAAGAGCGUUCGCCUAGCGCUGGUUCCGAGGUGAGCAAUGUGUCGGCUGCCUCGAGUAGACGUAGCAGUACGACAGGUGAUAAUAAGACACGACCACGCUGUCAUGCCAAAAAGUCUUCCUCGUCAUCAUUAAGUCGUCACAAUAGCAAUAAUAAUUUAAAAAAUAGUGCACAUAAAUCAUGCACACCGUCAACGUCUUCCACUACUGCGACCAGCUCAACAACCACUGCCUCGUCAUCGAGUGGCGCGGAGAGCUCGAGCGAGCUGAGAAAAACAAACAAAAAGCAAGGCAAGAAGAAGAAUGCCAACACCCACAAUAAAGAUCACACAGCCAAUAAUUCGGGUGUGACAAAGUGUGCGACAACCAACACAGGUGAUUCUAAUGAUUCGUCGUCGAAGCGAAGAAUAGAUGAAAAUAGCAAGGCGACACAGCAACCACCAGCGCUGCUAAGUACAAAUGAUACGCCCGCGGCAGAGUCUGUUGAAUCAUCGCGCACAAAUUCGAGAUCGCCACUCGCCAGCUCGCAAGAGAAGUCUUCCAACCGAUUGCAAAGAUUGUCGUCUGUAUCGAAUUUUUUUGUUGCUCGUCAGAGCGAUGCAAAUAGCGAACCGAUUUUCAUUGAAAGCUCCGACAAUUCGGGGGGCGAUUCAGAGACGGGUCAGCUAAUUGGCAGCAGUCUUACGGCAGCAAGCAAAUCGAACACAUCGCCAACGAAUAACGCGACCACAACGACAACGACAACGACUGAUCCUGCACGUACGGAAGCAGUAUCAGCAAAAGUGAUUACAGUAGCUGAAUUAGAACCAAAAACAGCGACGUCCAAACGUAACUGUGACGAUACGAGCCUCAACAGUUUUGAGGAUAAGACAUCGACGUCUGCGAGAAGUCCACUAAGUCUGACGAAAAAUAGCAACGCAACCCCAGAUUGUAGCAAGUCUACAAAGUCAACAAAAUCUAGUAGUACACAUUUCCCGCACGAAACAACAGUCACCGACACGGCGGCGAUCACCAGUGAAGCGGUAACAGAUUCCUACACUACUACGGCCACUACGUCCGAGGAAGAGCAAGACGAAUCGAGUUGGUGGCAACAUACAAGUCGACAGAUAGAUACAGCAUCUGCUUUAGGUUGUCAACAAAAGGACGAUAUGCGUUUCAAGUUGAGACACAUCGACUCUGGUGAGACUGCCUGGUGGUUACGUAACGACGACGAUGACACUUUGGCCGACGUCGAUUUGAAAACACUCAAUCAGGAAGAGGAAGAUCACAGUGAAGCCACUACAGCGCCCACACAAUCAUUAACCAACCAUUCGGAUGAGCAUAAUAACACAUCAUCGCAGGCUAAGUACAGCUGGUGGACGAGUGAUAACAACAAUGAGCAGGAAGAGACGGAGGCGGUUGGAGCGCAUAAUGAAAAUGAUCAAAAUGAAACGAAUUGUAGUGAUGGGCGAACAAGUGCGUCCUAUUACAAAGUGAAUGGUGAUAGUAAACAAAUCGCAAGAAGUCACUGCACGCCAGAAAAGCCCUGGUGGGGUGACUCAAAUGAAAAUAGUAAAGACGAUAGUAAGAGUAACGAAUGCUUGGAAAAAUCGAAUAGCGCAACGAAACAAAAUGGUACAAUACAAUUGAAGAUUUGCCGUGUGGAGUCCGGCGAGCAACCUAGGUGGUCGAGUGAAGGCGACAAGGAGCAAAAGCAUACAGAGGAAGAGGCAGUCGUUGAGGCCACCAUCAAGUUACCGGCACGUAAAUCGCAGACUGUAGAGCGCUCAACUAGUAGCGGCAGUAACAAUGUAAGCGAUGAUAAGCCCUGGUGGAUGUCUGGACCCAUGAAGAAACAGUUCACUGUGCGACGCGUGGAGUCAGGCGAGAAAGCUUGGUGGCAACAAAAUGAUGAGGAUGAGUCAAAUAACAAAGAAGCACAAAGACAAACGGCAAACGCAAAUAUAGUGCGCGAUAAGUCCAAUGAAACAUUGUGGUGGCAAAAGAACGAUGAGCCGGCGGAUGAACCGUAUGCACAUGCACCGGUACGGUCACGUAUCUACCGCAGUGAUUCGACGGAAAAAGCCUGGUGGCUGCAAGACGACGAAGAGCAAGUGACGCACACACAAAAUGGACAGAUACCGAAUGGAGAUACGGUAGCGGUCGGUGAAGAUAGAGUAGAUCGCGCCGAUAUAGAAGUGCGGCGGAUCAAUAACGGUCAGCUAACUGGUUCGCAACAACAAACUUUUGGCACCGAACUAAGUAAUUCGUUCAAUUUCGAAUAUUCAGAGCGACCACCGCCGUUGGGACAAUGCGCCAGCCCCAUCGACCUUGAGCAAGAACUGCCACAACAGCUGCCACUCAAACAAACACCAACGCGCAAUCUAAAUCAGUGCAAAUCCCCUUACGAUAACAUUCCAAUGGCGAAAGUUCAAGUGAAUCACUACUAUCAGCCCCAAUACGUUCAGCAGCAGUCGAACGCAGCAGCGGCCGCCAACUCACCACAACCACCUUACUAUCACCAGCAGCAACAACAACAGCAGUCACAACAAGCAGCUGAUUACUACACACCAUAUGGUAAGAGUGUGUGUGGUGAAAAGCUCUUCAUUUCACGUCACCAGAACAUUGAUGAGCUUUUAGGUGGUUCGUGUCGCCCAUUAAGUCCGAUCUUCUUAGAUGGCAGCAGCAAUAGCUUUGCCACAGUGCCGGCGAAUCGUAAUCUCUUCGUAGAGGAGAUCACACCUGAUCAAGUGCGCAUACAUGACAGCACAGCGCAAAUGCCGGUCAUUCAACGCAUGGAGAGGGAUGAAUGGGAUAAUUAUGGAAAUGGAAGCGCGCAACAACCACCGGCUGUUUAUGAGCGAAAAAUGAUUGACGAUGCUGCCAUACAGGUGUACAAAGACGGUGAUUAUGGCGCCUAUCUGGACUUGGAGUCCUCACUGGCUGAGCAAGCGGAAGAAAUUGAAGGCCUUAAUUCUAGUCGCAAAAACUCAUUGGUAGUGCGGACACAGCUGAGCGUGCGGGUCCACGCCAUUAUUGAAAAAUUACUCUCCUCCGAAGGCAGCGAAUUGCGGCGUGCACUAUUUUCAUUGAAGCAAGUCUUUCAAGAGGACAAAGACCUGGUGCAUGCCUUCGUGGCGUUGGGUGGACUCAAUUGUCUUGUGCGUGUUGGUAAUGGAGCCGAUCAGAAUUAUCAAAAUUACAUUUUGCGUGCCUUGGGUCAGGUGAUGCUCUAUGUGGACGGCAUGAAUGGCGUGAUGAAACACGAGCCCACAAUGCAAUGGCUCUACUCGUUGAUCGCAUCGAAUUAUCGUUCUGUGGUGAAAACGGCACUCAAGCUGUUGUUGGUAUUUGUGGAAUACGCCGAGACGAAUUGCUAUGUCCUGGUGAAUGCCAUACAUGCGGUGGACAAAACACAAGGCACAUUGCCAUGGUCGAAUCUGAUGAGACUUCUAAAAGACUAUGACAACGCUGACGCCGAACUAGUCAUCUAUGCUACAUCGUUGAUCAACAAAACCCUAGCGGGUCUAAAUGAUCAGGAUAGCUUUUACGAUGAAAGCGAUUUGCUGGAACAACAAGGCAUGGAAUCGGUGAUACAGCGUUAUAUGUCUAAACCGGGCACAGAUCUAGAUCUGUUGGAUCAAUUGCAGCUUUACGAGGCAGUAUUGAAAUUCGAGGAUGGCGAGGUGGAGGGUAUACGCCUGCCGGAGAACUCGCUGCGCAAGACGCAACGCCACCGCCAAAGCACCGACACAGCCGAGCGACGCAAAUCGCGACGUCACAGCACCGGCACGAGUCCACAUGUCAGCAAAGUGAUAGCGUCACCAAAGAGAAUGACACCCACGCACGGUGUGCUGGACGAGGACAGUUCGGGUUCAGCGAACUCCGCCGAGUUUGCGGCGAACGGUGUAUUCAAUGGCGAUAAAGCGCGCGACGGCGUGGGCGUAACGCCCGGCUUGCGUAGACGACGCGAACGCGCCGAACGCCACAAAAGUUUUCUCAAGGAGCAACAAGAGGCUGUAGCGAAUGGUAUUUUCGCGGCCUUGGAGCGACGCGAGGAAAUCGGACAAAUUGUCACCGCCAUACCAGCAACGGUGAAAAUGGGCGAUAGUCCACCAGAAUCAUUAAAUAUAACCAAUGACGCUAGCAUUAGCAUAAAUCAAAAUAAAAUUCACAACAAUAGCAACAACAGCAUUCAUGGCAAUCACACCACCAACAUUGCUAGCAGCAACAACACCGCCAAUGCCACUAACAACCACAUCAAUCUCAUCAAUACAAAUUCCACUGCGAACUCGGGUGGUAAUACUACAGCCAACAACAAUAACAACAACAACAAUUUGUGUAACAUCAACAAUAACACAAACAAUAGCAACAGUUUGUUGAGUCCCACCCGGCAUUUGUUGGGCAGCAACACCAUUUCGAUCAUCAACAACAACAUCAAUGCGAAUCCGUUGCACAGCAACAACAACAACAACAAUAAAUUGCAUACGGCACCGGAGUUUUUAACCAAAAAGAACUUGCUAAUGGAACGCAACGCGACUGUGAUUAACGGCAUCAUGAAGAAUAUACAACGUGGCGGUGAUCAGUUGGACAACAAUCACAACAACAACAUAGCAUAUAAGAAAUUCGAAAAUGAUGCCAAUCGGCUGAAUAGCUAUUACAAUCAGCUGAGCACACCAAAGAAUCAAAAUCAAUUGCAACAGCAGCAACAACAACAACAAUUACAACUGAAUCAACAACAACAGGCGAUUACGCCCACUUUGCAGCAUCAAAAUUCAAUACAAAGCCCCACUAUACAAACUGCACACAAUGUGUUGGCGGCCGUCUUGAGCCCCAAAAAGUCGCUAAACGGCUUCGACUUCAGCCAAUCCACACCAAAAGCACCCCCAAACACUUACGAAUACAAUCUCAAGCAUAAUGUGACACCUUUAACCAGUCCAAUACAUACGCUACCCGAAGAACCAAUGGCUGUGGAGUGUCACCACGCGGCACCCAUUACUGGUCAGACUUCGACGAAUACACCCUCGACACCCAGUAGGACUCUCUCGUCCCUCUCAACACCAACAACACCACAAACACCUUUAUCCACGGAUUUUACACCCGACACACCAUCAUCACCGUUAAAUACACCUCACACGAAUUUUAAUGCGAGUGCAGCACCGCCACCACCUCCUCCACCGCCGCCGCCACCAGAUUUAUUGGAUCACUACUUUAUGAUGCCGACUCCACCACCACCGCCGCCAUCGCAUUACGGUCUACACUCCCCGGCAGACGCUUCGCUCGAAAUGAACACCGUCGAUAUGGACUCUCUCAAUUCGGGUGAUGUAUUAGCAAUAACAGAAUCCGAUAAUGAGGAUAGAAAACUGUUGCAGCAGCUGAAACGUGAUCACACUGUGAAGGAUCUCACACAGAAACUUAGCAAUAUGCCAAUGAGUCCAACGCAUGAGGAGAAACUGCAGAAUCGCAUUGUUGGCGAUAUGUCCGGUCUCAUAUCGAAAGCCAAAGAGGGACUCGCCAAGAGCAAAAGUAAAGGCGAAAUGUCACGCUCAUCCAGUUUGGAUCAAGACGUCAAAAAGGUUGAGCCAAAAAAAUCCGAAAAUGAGCUGCACUGGGAAGAGCUCGUACGCAAUAUGAUCCGCCCAUUGAACCUAUGUGAUCUAGACUUUACCGAUUUGAAUUCAGAAGAUGAGAAAGAUGUGUUGGCGCCACGUGGUCUGGGCGUUGGUGUACCGCCACCACCACCACCAUUCGGUGGUGGUAUACCACCGCCAAUGAUGCCACCAGCACACAUUGUAUGUCCACCGCCCAUGAAUAGCCUGGGCAGCAUGGCGCCACCGCCGAUGUUCAGCUACAGUGGUUACGGCAGCAUGACUAAUAGUGCCAAUAGCUCCAUGAAUGGCUCGAUGAAUGGUGAUAUGAGCAACACGAACACCAUUAGAAAGAAUAAGAAGACGGUUAAACUGUUCUGGAAGGAAGUGCGCGAGGACCUGAUACCCGUUGUGAUUGGCAAAACCAUCUGGGAUGAGUUGCCACCGUCCAAUGUGGACACGCAAAAAUUGGAGCAUCUCUUCGAGUCCCGAGCCAAAGAUCUUAUGACUAAGAAACAACAAGAACUGAAUAAAAGCAAAGAGAUUAUCGUAUUGGAUCAUAAACGUUCGAAUGCAAUCAAUAUUGCGAUGACCAAAUUACCACCACCGCGCGCUAUCAAAGCGGCGAUAUUGAAAAUGGACGCGACGGUGGUGACGCGCGAGGGCAUCGAUAAGCUAUUGAAUAUGCUGCCAACCGAUGAAGAACGCGGCAAAAUACAAGAAGCGCAGAUGGCCAAUCCCGAACUGCCUUUGGGUAGCGCCGAACAAUUUCUACUUACACUGGCCUCCAUUUCCGAGUUGGGGGCACGCUUAAAAUUGUGGGCAUUCCGCUUGGAUUUCGAUAAUAGCGAAAAAGAAAUUGCGGAGCCAUUGAUGGAUCUGAAACAGGGUAUCGAAAUCCUACGCAAUAAUCGCACCUUCAAAUGCAUUCUGUCCACACUGCUGUCUGUCGGAAUAUUUUUGAAUGGUGCACCAGUUAAGGGUUUCCAGAUCGAGUAUUUGUCUAAGGUGCCUGAGGUUAAAGAUACCGUACACAAGCAUUCGCUGCUACAUCACUUGUGCCACAUGGUUAUGGAAUCGUCGCCAGAUACGACAGAUCUUUACUCGGAAAUCGGACCAAUUACACGCGCAUCGAAAGCAGAUUUUUCCGAUUUGGCCCACAACCUAAGUCAAUUAGAGACUGAAUGCAAGGCGUCUUGGGAUCGACUCAAGCUAAUCGCCAAACACGAUUGUCCACCACAGCUAAAGCAGAAGUUAGUCGACUUCCUAGCCGAUUGCGCAGAGCGUAUUAUCAUAUUACAGAUCGUGCAUCGACGUGUGAUCAACAGAUACCGCAAGUUCCUGCUGUGGUUGGGCGCGCCACAACACACCAUCUCCGAAUCGAAGCCCAAUGAAUUCUGUCGUAUUUUGUCGGAAUUCGCGCUGGAAUAUCGUACGACACGCGAACGCGUACAACAACAGCUGGAGAAGAAGGCGAACCAUCGCGAACGCAAUAAGACGCGUGGCAAGCUCAUUAUCGAUAUGGCCAAAUUCAAAACCAAAGAAGAUCGCGCUGAUGCCGAGUUAAAGGAACUGCUCGGCUCUGCCGGCGCGGAUACACCCGACGCCAGUGGCACAUUGACAUGGCGCCGCCGACGUGCCGAACAGUUGCGCUCGCCCAUCACACGACAGAGCGAGGAGAAUUUCACCGAUGGCGAUGACGAGAUACUGGAAUCAUUGGUGAAGACUGCAACCAAAGCGCCUGGUACACGUACCACGCCGCGCGAACGGAAGCGCACACGCCAUGCUGAUCGCAAAUCAUUGAAGCGGUCGCGCACGCGCGAAGGAUUCAUAGUUGAACGCGCACCAUCGCCAUAAAAAGAUCGCUGACAUAGCACCGUUAUAAAGGCCAAAUUGUGCGUCGAACGCUUAAGAACGGCCUAACGGAGGAGGAGAAACAACAUGUUGCGGCCCUAAUAAAAACCUAUUAGCAUUCUAAGUAGUAGUCAAAUGUAGUAGACAACGUCCAGAGACUUUUUAGCGUUAGAGAGUCAUAGAGAAAAGGCUAAACUAUGAAACAGACUGAGCAGCGUGUGAAAAGCAUAUGAUGAAAAAGAUAAAGAAACCACACAGAAAAUGAUUUUCUUAUUGAUUUCAUUUUGGACGAUCUCAAGCGUUACCAGUGAGUUAUGAGCAAAGCAAAGACGCCGCUGAAUUCGAAGAAAGCGAAACUAGUGCCCUGGAUAGUGUGUAAAACGAAAGAUGAAACAAAUGGAAUGAAAGCCGAAAGCUUCUAUAUAUGUACAUAUACACAUAUAUAAAUAUUAGAGUGAAGCUUUGGAAAAUGAGCGCAGUGCACUUUUGGUGUGGAGAGAGUGCGUUGAACUUUACAAUGGGGUUGCUAAUGAAUUGGCAAAUAAAAGUUGAUGAAGAAACAAGUGGAAAGCAGUUAAUUGCAGCGCUGUAAAAUGUAUGCCCCACACAAUGUAAAAUGUAGAAAGCA